AUGGCAUCCAUCAAAAUGGAUGGUUACUUGAGGGCGUUCAAAGGAAAAGGCGAAGACUUCCAGUUGUUUUGGAGGAAGUUUUUGGUUCUGUGCCGAUUACAGAAACUGUCGACGGAAACCGACCGCAUGGCAUCGUUGCCAUUGUUUUUGGAUGGUGAUGCCUUCCACCUGUUUGAGCAGUUGUCUGAUACUGACAAGGCCAGUGAAUCAGCAGUAAAGAAGGCCCUGGAGUCUGCUUACACCAUGACCCCGGCGGAUGCGUUCCGCCAAUUUAAAGCGCGGACGCUCCGUGACGAUGAGCCCGUGGAUACCUACGUCACCGACCUGAAGCGCUUAUUGGCGCUGUCCGGCCACACAUGUGCCGACGACAAGGAUAUGGUGUUGCUCGAGCAAUUGUUGGAUGGCCUGUCCUUGGACUAUGGACGGCAGGUGCGCAUGGCGAGCAUGGAGUCAGACCUGACUGUCACUAAGUGCGUCGCCAAAGUCCGUGCUCUGCGAUCUACGGACGACUCCUGCCGCAAGCGUGCCAGUGUAUCGGGAGCUGUUGCCGCUGCUGCUCCGGAACUUCGCCAGUCCAGUGUGUUGUGCUUCAACUGCAAUGAGGUUGGGCACGUCCAGCGCAACUGUCCACAUCGCCGGUACCAGAAGGGCGGACGGCAGCAGAGGGGCAAUGAGAAGCCACGCCCUCCGCCCAAGGAGCAGAGACCGCUUAUGUGCUUCUUUUGCGAUCAAGAGGGCCACAUGAAGAGGGACUGUCGGUUGCGCCGCAAGUUCCUCGCCUCUUUGGCACAGUCCUCGGCAGCAGCUGCAGAGCCAGUGCAGUCUGACAGGUGCCUGUGCAUGGCGAAUUUGGCACGGCCGGGAUUGCCAAAGGUCUUUGUUGAUGUGUCCUGUGACACUGCAUCGGGAGUCCGUGUGCGGUCCGUCAUAGACACUGGUUCUACCCGGACGUUGGUGACGUCAGCACUUGUCGACCAGCUCGGGACUCCUGUGACGGCCCACACGGGCCAACCAGUGGUGGCGCUGGAUGGCCAACCCUUGCGUAUCCUGGGCAGUGCGCUGUUGAAGUUCGUCCGGGAAGAUGAUUGUGUCAGUAUCCCCGCUGUCGCCAUGGAGGUUCUCGUCGUUCCAAGUCUGUCUGUGGUCGGCACUGAUGUUCUGCUCGGGUCUGACACUAUUGCGCAGUGUGGGGGUCUGCACCUGCGCUACGAUGACGAUGGCAGCUUGUGCUGCGUGACGCUCGGCCAGCAUGCCGACGUGACAGCUGGUGUGGCCGACGUUCCACUGCGGCAUGUCAGCUGUCAGACCGACGGGGACGACAUCAUCCUGACGUCCGACGAUGGGUCAGUACGUUGGGACGCCACGCAGCGUUGCUGGACCCUCAACUGGCAAUGGCGAGAUGGCAAGCCACCGCAUGCACCAGUCGGCCACGGGAUCGGUGAGUAUUCCCGCUCCAAACUGACAGACGAAGAAGAGCGCAAGUUUGGUGCAGAGAUCCAGGGCUGGAUCGAUGCUGGGUGGAUGGUGCCUCACGAUGAGGCUGUUCAUGGUGCUCCGGAAUGCGUCUUGCCGUUGUUGGCAGUCAGCCAGCCGCACAAGGCCAGCACACCUGUCCGUCCUUGUCUGGACUACCGGCUACUGAACGAACGACUGAUCUCAAGUCCUGGUCUAGACGCCCCAGCAUGUGCCGAGACGCUGCGGUCGUGGCGCGUCAAGGGCCCUGAUGGUUAUGUCCUGGUUGAUCUGAAGAAGGCAUACCUUCAAGUUCGUGUUCACCCUGAUCUGCUGCGCUACCAGGUCGUGGUAUGGCGAGGUCGCUCUUACGUCAUGACGCGGAUGGGAUUCGGGCUGAACAUUGCGCCGAAAUUUAUGGACAUCAUUGUGCGCUGGGUGACUCGAGAGUUUGAUGACGUCGACAACUAUAUUGACGACGUUCGUGUACCUGUUGCCCUGACAGAGACGGUGACUGCGCGCCUGGCUAGCUAUGGGCUGGAGACCAAGCCGGCGGAACCAAUGCCUACUUCUCGUGUUCUCGGCUUGCAGUUGUCAACGCCGCCAGAUGGCCGUACUGAGUGGCGCCGCCGUGACGGAGUCAAGACAGCGUUUGAUGAGCCACUCACCAAGCGCAAGGUGUUUCAGUGGUGUGGGCGUCUCACCAGCCAUUACCCCGUCGUUGGUUGGCUGCGGCCCGCGUGCAGUAUGGCGAAGCGUUUGGCAUGCCUAGAGAGUCGCGGCUGGGACGACACGGUGUCACCUGAGUUGCUGCAGAUAUGUGUUGACCUGCAGCAAAGGCUCCACAAUCAUGAUCCGGUGCGUGGUGUAUGGCAUGCGGAUCUGACCAGUUCUGCUACUGUGUGGUGCGAUGCUUCGGACCUUGCCCUCGGUGCGUCGUUGGAGAUCGGGGGUGACGGGGUUGAAGAUGGCACGUGGAUGCGCCAAGUCAGCGAUCGUCGCCACAUCAACGUGGCUGAGUUGGACGCGGCCAUCAAGGGCGUCAAGCUUGCAGUGUCAUGGAAUGUGCGGGAUUUGCUGGUCAAAACCGACUCCAAGACAGUCGCUGCCUGGUUGGACCAAGUGUUCACCAAUGCCCAGCGAGUGCGGACUAAGGGAUUGAAUGAUGUUCUCAUUCAACGGCGUCUCCAGGUCCUUGCUGAUCUACUCGAUGUAACUGGUUUACGUGCACGAAUCGAGUGGGUGCCCAGUGCAGAGAACCGCGCCGACGUUCUCACCCGUGUUCCGGACCUGUGGAAUCAGCGUGCCAAGUCGUUGUUGCAGCGUGCUGAGCAGCCGCCUGAUGUUCCUGAGCCGCCGCCUGCUGCUGAUCCGGAUGAGUGUGUCGCCGCUGCGCCAAGUGUCCACCUGCCGUGUGCACUUCGUUUGACCGACAUUACCGCAGCUCAGGCCGAUGACGCUACGCUACAGUCCGUCAUCAGUGGCCUUCAACAUGAUCAGCCACUACCCAGUGAGUACCGUAAUGUUCGUACGCAGUUGUUGCUUGAUGAUGGUGUAUUGUAUCGGUCUGUCAAAUCGCCUGUUGAUGGCAUUGUGAUAGUUCCUGUUGUGCCUGCUGCGUUAGUCUCUGCUGUGGUUUCUAAUGCUCAUGAAGUGUCUGGUCAUGGCUCUUGGGAGAAGAUGUACUAUAUGUUGCGUCAGUGCUGCUUCUUUCCUGGUCUUGCGUCUGUGUGUCAGAGUUUUGUGUCUCAGUGUUUGCAAUGCAGUGCUGCUAACCCUCGUCGUGGUCCGUCUGUUGCUGCUUCGCGUCAUGCUAUUUCUGGUCGCCCAUGGGGUGAGGUGGUGUUAGAUGUUCUAGAGCUUGGCUCGAGUAAUGGUUCCCCCUUUCAUUGUGUCUUGGUGUGUGUUGACACUUUCACCAAGUGGGUUGAAAUUGCUCCGCUACAGCGCCAUGAUGCUGCUUCUGUUGCUGCUGCUUUUGUGCGGAUGUGUCAGGUCUGGGGUGCACCAGAUAGUGUUCGUACGGAUAAUGGUACGGAAUUUUGCAAUGCCAUUGUGUCUUCCCUGUUUUCGGUUAUGGGUGUUACUGUUCGUACUGGUGCUGUGCGUCACCCGCAAUCACAAGGGUCUGCGGAGCGCAUGAAUCGCACUGUGCUCGGGCUGAUGCGCAAGGUUUUAGAUUCGUCCACUGGUGAUUGGCUGUUGGACCUUGAUAUGCUCUUGUACUGCUACCGUAAUCGCCCCCAUAGUGCAACUGGUCUGUCGCCCAUGCAAGCUAUGGUUGGUUGGCAGCCACCUCAUCUGUUAAUUGCAUCCGAGCCAUUGCUGUACUCGGCGAGUCAUUGGGUGGAUACCCUGUCUGCUCGUUCAGCACGCAUUCGAGAUUUGGUGGAUGAUGCUUUGUCCCGAACAGACUUUAUCGAGCCCGUCCAACCGUGCCCUUACCAGGUUGGUGAUUGUGUCCUGUUGUUGCGUCCUGACCGUCACCAGAAACGUCAGUCUGCUUUCGAGGACGGUUGGGUUGUACAGUCUGUUGUUUCACCCUCCACUGUUAGUAUUUCGAAGCCUGGUCGUCGCGACAAGACUGUCAAUGUCGCCCUGUUGAAGUCUGUUCCCGUUCGUGAGCCUGCUGUUCUUAAUGUUCCAGCUCCUGUUGUUGCUGAGUUGCCCGAGGAGGAGGAAUCGCUAGUCAGUCUAGAUUGGCCUAUUCCUGUCGUUCAGCAUGGUUAUGGGUUGCGCGAUCGUGCUUCGAUUCGCCCCCCUGUUCGCCUCUCCUUGUAA